AUGUCGAUGCAGAGUGCGGUCAUGCACGGAUGGUACCGUAUGACAGACAUCAUCUGGGAAUGGCAAAAAGUUCUUCCAGAGCAAGACGUGACCCCGUUCAAAUCGUUUAUCCAUUCAGAAGCAUUGACGUCUCCCGAUCAUCCAUUCUGGAAUCCAAGUCAAGGGGGCGUUGAGCUCUUCAUCGGCGUAUUGAAACACAAUAACGAGUCUCGGCUGCUCUAUUCAUCCAAGCAGAUCGAAUACAUCCGAUAUUGGAUCAAGGCAAUGGGCUUCGUCGACCAUCUGCUCCCACUUCCUCACAGCGAGUGGCUGCUUACGGUCGAUAUGCUUAGUUCCGUUGCUCCAAUUAUCAUUAAAACAGCCGCAGAAAUGAAACAGCAGCAAAAGCAAAUCGACAAACUCAAUAAACGUCUUCGAGGAGCCGUCGACGUCAAGCUCGCCGCCAUUCGCCAGAUCUUUGAGCGUGUACGCGCCGCAUACGGUACAUGCAAGGGCACAUGGAUUGCGCUGGAUUUCGAAUCCUGGGAGCUCGCGCAUGACGUGAUCACAGAGUUUGGCUUUGUAGAACUGAAGUGGAGGCCAGCCGACGUCGACACUGAAACCACAGCGGCGGAUCGCACUACGGUUGGGAAUACGGAUAAGGCGAAACGGGCAGAGACGCCUCCAGGGUCUAGUUCAUUUGAGCCUGUUAUUACGCGUACAGGCCACUGGAUCUUAGAGGAGAACCAAUUUCACCGGAAUGGGACGUACUGUCCAGAUAACCGAGAUUGUUAUGCGUUUGGGAGGAGCGAAGUCAUCCCAAGAGCCGAGUUCAUUCGCCGCAUUCGAGCUCUCAUUCGCCCUGAGAAUCACGAAGGCCCAGUCUACCUGGUGUUCCAUGAUCAUUCCCAAGACGUUGCGCACCCCAAGUACAAACUGGAAAUUCUUGAAGAACCUCCGACGUUAUCUCUCCCUGAAACUCCACCAACCGAAGGCCUCUUUGCUAUCGACACUUCAUUGAUGUUUGCGGCCCUCGAAGGGGACAAUGAAUCCCGGCGGAAGCUCGAGGAUGUUUACCGCCGGCUGAAGCAUUCGGUUCGCUACGACUUCCACAAUGCUGGAAACGACGCAAAGUACACUCUCGACGUUCUCCAAGAGAUGGCGACGGGCGGGCCAUUGGAUACACAACGUGAGCGUCGUUGGCCUGCUCCUCCUCCAGAACCUGGACAACCGCCGAAGAAGACAGACGUGGAGAUGCUCAUGCGGCCUGACGAGGAUUGGGUUCGUCGAGAGAAUGCCAAACCAAUCAUAGGCAAACCCAUCACUGUGACAGCUGAAGGAGAGGACGUGCCGUAUCGCCAGGUUGAGACAGAAGCACCGAUGUCCUAG